GACGGGGGGUUUAUUGCUCCACUCGGAGAACAAAAAAAAAACUAAGCGCCAUCCAUAUAUUCGUGAGUAGCGCUACUUUUUAUAUUGACCAGGCAGCAGAAGCGGAUCUCUGAAUGUAUAAAAAAGAGAUUCAUUAGUACUCGGUAUCUCGUGGCGCAAGCAUCUUCGACAACAACGUGCGCAUGUUGUUCGUGUUUUACAUGAAUGAAACUCGUUCGUCUAGCCGCGUGACGAUCUGAGGUCUACUUCCGCAAACAUCAGAGUGCAAAGAAGAAAACAUGUAAUUACAAGUAAACAAAAUUGCAACAAUAGAAGAAACAACAAGGCGUGCGCUCGCAAACCGAUUUAGCAAGAGUGUUAACGAUUAGAGAUUGUUGUGUGACACUCAUCCCAAUCUGGCAGUGUGGUUCGUUUCAAAAUGCGUGAAUAGUUUCUAAUGAAAGAUUACUUUCGAGGGUAGCCCUGAGCAGUGUGAAGUGAUUAAAAUCGACGAACCCCGAAAACACUCAGCUGACGCGUGUCGUGUGAACCCAGCUAGCCAUCGAGCCACGAUGGAUAAUUCCACCAAAUUCACCGAACUCGAGCGACAGAUUCGCCGAAUGGAUAUAGACGCGGACACUAUCCAGGUGACCUACCACUUACGGAAAUUCGCUGAACUCUUCCUGAGCCAUAUAGUCGAUGAUCGAGCGCUGAGCGACAUAUUCACUCACCUGAACAAAUGUGCCCUGGCCGAUUCCAAGUUCGCCAUCACCAUGGCAGCCGUGUUUGCCUCGCGCCAGCUGGACGACCUCGAGAUCGGGGAGACUAAGCUACGAAACGCCAUGCUAACCAUCCUGCAGCAAAACUUUCAAGCCCUCGAGCAGCUCAAAAAUGGCGAUGUGGGGAAGUUCUAUAAUUCGGUCACACUGCUGGGAGAGUACUACAACAGGAAAAAGUUCGCGAACGGAAAGCGAAUACUGAUAUUGGGUCAAAGUUUACUGCUGCUGCUCACGACGGAGCUGGAGAAGGAGAUCAAGCGUUGCGAGGAAACCGCUGGAUACACGAUCGACUCGGAGUUCGCUAAGCUGAUCCUAUCGCAGGUUACGCUGAACGGCGAAGAGGCCAAAACGGAUCACAAACAGGAGAUAGAAGAUUUGAACUAUUCGAUACGUAAGUGUCUGAUCAAUGUUGGAGGAAUGUCAUCACGCACGAAAGCUUACUUUCUGAUGACGCUGGAUUUGUUCCACAUGAAUUUCAAUCUGGAUACGAAACUGUUGGAGAAGCUGUACGGCAAGUAUCUCUUCGGUCCCGAUGAUAACACAGCUAAAGAUGCAAAAGAGUCUGAGGUGAAGCACAAAUGUGAUAAGCGAGCGGAGAGUGUGACGGCGGACAAACCUGUCGCAAGUUCAGAUGCUAGUGCAAGUGGUUCCAAAACCGGAUCCAAGAAAAAUUUUGAUAAGACUGAUAAUGCCAGGAAACAACCUGUCAAGUCUGCUCCACCGAAGGUGGAAAAGAAGAAAGCAGUUCCGCCAGCGAGGAAAACGGAGGAGAGAAUUGUGAUUCCAUCAACAUCUGCAAUAAAAUCACCCCAGAAUCCCCCCUCUGUCAAGAAAUCCCCUCAAAACAUUACCCGAAAGAACCCGGUUUCCCCCAAAAAAGGCGGGUUACGUUCGAAACCGCCGGUCGUGCCAAAAACUUCUCCGUUACGGGCAACGCAUCCGGAGAAUAGUGGGUUGAUCACUCCGGAACGUUCUCCGCUCAAAACGCAAUCUAGUAAUCCAAACAGCAGCAACACACCCGAAAAGUCUUCCGUUCUUAAACAAAACUAUAAAAGUCCGGCGAAAAGUUCAACCAGUCCUGCCAGCAGCACAAUAAGCGCCCCUACUAACAUCAGUCUGAAAAUACCACCCACGGCGGUAGCAACACACGAGGACAACGUCGAAAAUCUCGCAUGGGACGAUCUCACUCUACAGGACGAGUCUCCGCAGAAGAUAAACCCCCACACAAAAUCGUUCCUGUCAUUUUUGGCACAGAAGUGAAAUCAAACUGAUCUCAUCAUCCCACUCAAAUCGCGUUCAAAUGUGCCCUUGAGUGCCAACGUUGUACGCAACGGUGCAUGCAUUUCCAUUUUUCUGUGUUACACAUGUUGAUUUGUGAUAUUUGCACUAUAUUUUUUAAUGCAGGGAGAUUUCUUUCCGAAUACCCAAAUUUGCGCAAGCAACUUUUUUUUUAAUUGUAAUUUUAGUAUUUUUUAUACUUCUUUUCAUGAUUUCUGUUUUAAAACCGAACGAGCCUAGUUCAAUUUAAAAUUGAAAAAAUAUGCUGCUUCAUAGUGCUCUUUUUUAUCUUCUCUCCAGACUAUCAAUACUUAACUUACUUGAAACUAUAAGAAACAAUUCGAAACUAGGUGAUAGUGUUUAGCCUUUAAGAGUAUGAUCUGUACAAUGUAAUAGAUGGCCUCGUGCAAUUUUACUUCAGCUCAACCCCUUCGAGAGAAUAGAUGCGAUGUACAACAGACAUAUCAUUAAAACAUAUGAAUCUUAGGAUAAUAAAAACCGAUGUCGAUGAUGCAA